AUGGCUCACGUUUCCACUUCUCCUCUCGGUAGCAAUCCCGUUCUUUUCACGUUCUCAACAUUUCUAAUUUUGUUGGCUGUCUAUUUUGGUCCAUUCUUGCUUACUCCAUGUAUUUCUCAUCCUUCUCUUGUUUUUUUUUUUCUUUUUUCUUUAUCUUCUCUUAUCUCUGUCCGUCUUGUUAAGCAAAUUCUUUCUUUUACUCUGCCUAUCUCACUUUUCUGUUGCUUAUUCAUCUUCCCCUAUUGCUAUCUGCCUUGCCUCUUUUUCUGUUCUUCAUUUCGCCUUUUCUCAUUGAUGUCCCUCCGUUUCUUUUCUUUAUCUUAUUUCCUCUUCCCUUCCUCUCUCUCCUUUUCUCAUUUUUCCUCUCUUUCUCCUUCUCUUUCGUUCUAUCUUGGUUUCCCUAUUUCCUUUCUUUCUCUCUUUUACUUUUCCCUUCUUAUCGACCUGGCACCCUCGUUUCCAACCAAAUUUUUGUUUUGUCCCUUUUUCUUUCCUUUGUUUCUUUUUUCCUUCUUUUUUUUUUUCCUCCAUUUUCUUGAUUCUUUCCACCUCCAUUUCGCGAUUCUUUCCACCUCCAUUUUCUUGAUUCUUUCCACCUCCAUUUUCUUGAUUCUUUCCACCUCCAUUUUCUUGAUUCUUUCCACCUCCAUUUUCUUGAUUCUUUCCACCUCCAUUUCGCCUGCGAUUUCUUUUUUCUUCUUUCUUUUCCUCUUUCUUUUCGUUCUCGCUCUUCAUUCCCCGCCCCACAUCGCUUUUUGCUCUUGCUUCUUUUCUUCAGUUAAUUAUUUACUCGCUUUCUCUCCCUUCCCUCCCAGAACCCAAUGA